AUGGCUUCCUAUACACUGCUGCUCCUCCUGGCCUCAUGUUGUGGGGCUCUGGCCUCCCAGCACUAUGCCGGAGUCAUGACCUUCACUCCGAAAGGAAAGAAUGCCGAUGGAUCCUUCAGGAGAGUCAACAAGGGCAAUGCCACUGUGAUUUGUACUGAGACCACAAUGAGAGUGGAAGUGGAGAAGGCCUCAAUAAUUGGACUUCAUGAAGAUCACCUGCGUCUCAAUGAUCCAUCCUGCACUCCCACCUCCAACCAAACCCAUGUGAUCGCCACCGUGUCCCUCGGCUCCUGUGGGACAGUACUGGAGGAGGACGCUGACAACCUGAUCUUCAAAAAUGAAAUUAUGUCAUUCGACAACGUUGGUGAUGUCAUUACCAGGAAACACCAGGUGGAGAUUGACUUCGUAUGCUGUUACCCCAAGAAGAGCCGUGUGUAUCUGGAUUUCCAGGCACACAAGAUUCCUUACGUGUUCACAGAAAAAGCAUUUGGAAAGUUCACCUACCAGUUUGAGUUCUUCCACAGUGAGCUGUUCAACACUGCAAUAGACACAGAUCACUACCCUGUAGAUGUGGCACUGAAAGAAGUGCUCUACAUGCAAAUCAAAGCUACUUCCUCUGUUGCCAACACUGUGCUCUUCGUGGAGUCCUGCAGAGCAACCCCCGUUGACGAUCCCGACUAUCACAUUUCCUAUGACAUAAUUUCAAAUGGCUGCAUAUUGGAUGGGACAGUGGUGGUCUAUCCAAGUAACUCCACGGAAUACAGAUUUGGAAUGGAGGCUUUCCAGUUCAUUGGACAACAUGAGCAGGUCUUCAUAUGCUGCUCAGUCAUCCUGUGUGUGGCAGGGGAGCCCGGCACCAGAUGUUCUCAGGGCUGCACCACUCCCACACCCACACCCGCCCCUGUUCUACAUCACCACCACAGGAGGGAUGCUGCCACACAGACUGGGAGACACUCCAUUUCCCAGGGGCCUUUGCGUCUAAAGAAGGCCACAGAAACCACAGUUUCCAACAUGGGCUUGAACAUGAACCUGGUUUUCAUUGCUGCCUUUCUCCUGGUUGUGGUUGUCAUUGUGUGUGGAGCUGUGAUUUAUACAGUAAAGAGGCCAACAUUGAAAUACCAACCACUUCCAUCUACUGACUUCUGAAACACAGUUUUAUAACUCAUUAAACGAAGUGAACACAUUCUAACCAAUCACAUUAAUGCUAAAUGUACCUUUUAUGAAUGAGGAAUGGCCUAAAAUCUUUAAAAUCUUUGCAAACCAUCCUAUAUUCAACCAUUAUGAGCUUGUAUUGUUGUAUUGUAUUGUUCAUCAGAACCUAUCAAUAACUCUGCUGUGACUGUUUAGUUAAAAUUAUUGCACAGUCAUACCACAAUAUUACUGUACUCUUCAGUGACGGGGUGUAUUAUUGUAUUU